GCCGUUGGACAUCACGUGAUGCUGUUGAGUUCCGGAUUCUCCAUACGAUCAUAUGGGUCUUAGUUUACGGAAGUACUGCCCUUCAGAAGCUACAGAAGAUACUUGCAUGCUUCCCAGAAGACAUAACACAUGGAGCGUUUGUUAGGUUUAGGCAUUGCGCCACUGGCAGCUGGGACUGUCGGGCUGCUGAUUUUGCUGAAAGUGAUCCAGAGAUUGAGACACAAGCAGAAUCUACGGGAUAAAGUGGUGGUGAUCACUGGAGCCAGUUCAGGACUGGGCAAAGAGUGUGCGCGGGUCUUCCAUGCUGCGGGGGCACGACUGAUCCUGUGCGGACGGGACCAGAAGAGACUGCAGGAGGUCGUGGAGGAGCUCAGAAACAAAAACAAUGAAAAGAUACAGACUUACACUCCCUGCACUGUCACCUUUGACCUCUCCAACACAUCUGUGGUUUCCAGCGCCGCCGAGGAGAUUUUGAAGUGCCACGGUCACGUUGAUGUCCUCAUCAACAAUGCAGGCAUUAGUUACCGUGGCAACAUCCUGGACACCCAUGUAUCAGUUCAGCGAGAUGUCAUGGAGACUAACUACUUCGGUCCUGUCGCUCUUACACAAGCCAUUCUGCCUUCAAUGGUUGACAGACGCAGUGGACAUAUUGUUGUCAUCAGCAGUGUGCAGGGAAAAAUCUCUAUACCGUACAGAUCUGCAUAUUCUGCAUCUAAGCAUGCAACGCAGGCCUACUUUGACUGUUUGAGGGCAGAGGUCGACAGGUUCGGCCUGCAGGUGUCUGUCGUCAGCCCUGGUUACAUCAAAACAAACCUGUCCAUCAAUGCAGUCACGGGGGACGGCUCUAAAUAUGGAGUAAUGGACAAAACCACAGCGAAAGGGGCAGAUCCAGUGGACGUGGCACAUGCUGUUUUGAAAGCUGUCUGUCACAAACAGGAAGACGUGGUAUUGGCUGGGCUGCUGCCUACUGCAGCCAUCUAUCUGCGCACACUGUGGCCUACUCUCUACUUCAGACUGAUGGCUUCACGAGCCAUAAAAGAACAGAAAGUGAAGGAGGAAUAAGGGAAAACAGUAUUAAAGAAUUAGUUCACUUCCUGAAUUAAAAUUUCCUGAUCAUUUACUCACCCCCAUGUCAUCCAAGAUAUUCAUGUCUUGCUUUCUCAGUCGAAAUGAGAUUUCAGAGGAAAACAUUACAAUUAUCAGGAAAUUGUUAUUCUAGAAAUGAACUAAUUAUUUAAGGGAAAUCUUUGCAUCUUUCUUCUGAAGAUUUCAUAGCUAAAAAGUGUAAUUUGUACCUCUGAGGGUAAAUACAUGUGUGUGUAUGUAUUUAAUAAAUAUUUAAAAAUGGAUUCAGUUGUUUGAAU